AUGCCACCUGUUACUUGUCAUAUCCUAGACACCACUCGUGGUGUGCCAGCUGAACUGGUAACUUGUGCGAUUUACUUCGUUUCUGAGCUUAUUUCUAAUCCAGAAGAGGAAUCAUCCUAUGAUGUCGCAUCUUCAAAGCCCUUUGCAAUGGGAAAGACAAAUAAGGAUGGCCGUAUCACCAAUUGGGUAUUAAACCCAGAAAAUUCUAAAGAUACAAACCAAGAAUUGGGAUUUACUGAGUCAAAUGAAUGGUCAACCUUGAAGUCUGGUAACUAUAAGAUAAAAUUCUUGACCGGACAAUAUUUCCAUAAAUUAGGACCGGGCCCCCAAGCCAGAACCUUUUUCCCCUUCGUAGAGAUUUAUUUUACAGUAAAUAAUCCUCCUGACCACCACUACCACAUACCAUUGUUGUUGUCCAACUUUAGUUAUACGACUUACAGAGGUUCCUAA